AUGUUUGGUGGGCUAGAUGUGUUGAUAAACAAUUCUGCCGUUUUACUCAAGGUACAGUAGUAUGUACAAAAACUAUGAGACGUUAGCACAAUAAUGGGGGCAAGCCAAGGAGUUUCUUAUCUCACUGUAGUCUCAAAUAGAAGUGAAAAGUCCAGGUUGUAUUUCCACAAAAGUGGCUGUGUGGUCACUUGCAAGACAGCUUGAGUGCUUUAAGAGCUUUUCAUUACAGACUCAACAUGCAUGUAAGUCACACUUUAAAUGGGGUUUCACAAUGCUGUUUGUAACUAGAGAUAGUCAAAUACAAGAGUGGUCACAAUAAGAGCAUCGCUUAACAUUAAUUAUAGCUCUUAAUUAAAAGAUAUUUUGCUGUAAACUGUUAUGGCAGUCAUAUAUCAGAGAAGGCUUUUUGAGUCCUUAUGCAUGUACUAGAUAUCUAGUGUUUAACUACAGCUUAUUUGCACUGAAACAGAUGAAAUUAUGAUUGCAAAAUGUUUAAUUUGAACUUUUUGGCUAAUUAUAGAACUGUCAUGAUUAUGGAUAAAUAUAUUAUUAUUGAAUACCCAUGUCCCAACAGAAAUCUGUUCCUUAUGCUGAGAGAGUCGAGUUAUCAAUUAAGACAAACUUUUUUGGAACGUUGGACAUGUGUCAUAGUUUCUUUCCACUGCUGCGACCUCAUGCCAGGUAUGACCUAUAGUUAUGGAGUUCCACCUAACAUGAUUGUUAAUGAUAUUUAUCAUUGAUAUGUCUAAAGUAAUACAAACAACACUGGUUGUUUUGUUUGUACUAGCUUGUAGCCCUCAGUGCAGGCAUAUUUUGGGCGGGCAAAAACUGCUUGUUUAUGUUUGUAUUGUACAUGUUGUAGCUACCAUCUUUGAUUUUACAACAGAGGAGGAAGAUUGAGGAGAGUAGAAAUAGCAACUCUUCUGGUAGGUGCUAGGGCAAAAGAAGGAAAGGGGGGAGGGAAGGGGCUUCUCUCUCCCUGCCCCCUCCCCUGCUUCCUUUGACUCACCCCUCUUCCUCCUCUCUUUUGGAGUCUAUACAUGGCGCUUUCACAACCAAAAACGCCUGAAGAAAACGCCUGCACUGUAGGCUACUUAGCUUGUGGAAACUCAAUCUAACAAGCUCAUGGCCCCCAGUUAGAGGCUAGUGAGACUUCACAAUAACACAUCGGUAUUGUACAGACAGUGAAAUUGAGAUUCCUGUACAAUCAGACAACACAACAGCCAAUUGGUGCCAUGGAACUUUAUGCUAUCUUAUGUAGGCCAAUUAAAAAAAUUGAAUUUUCUCAUCUGACCAGAUCUUGCCAUCAGCUUUGUCGACAAGACUUCUAAAUAGACCUGUGAGAAUAGGCAUGAUUUCUAUUACUUGGAACUGGUUUGAGACAGCAGUUGUAAUUUUUGCGUUCAAAUUUCAUAACAAUUUGAUCACUAUUUAUUUAUUUAUUUACAUCCAACAGGGUAGUCAAUGUGACUUCUCAGCUUGGAAAACUGAAAAUUGUUUCCCCCUCACUGCAGAGCAAAUUUGCCUCGCCUUCUUUGAAAGAGGCAGAGUUAGCAUCUCUUAUGGAGAAAUAUAUCAGGUAAUUAAAACUUGGAAAAAUCAAAAGUGUUCCAGUAUAUAGGGAAAUAAAAGCAACAACAACGACGAAUUCACGCUGUUUCAAGAUUCAUCACUCUUUUCCAUGAAUUUCAAAGGAUGGUAUCUAAGUUUUAAAAGAAUUUUUCGUUGCCUUGUGAAUUUAAAGGAACAAAUCGUAUAUCUAAACGUUUUAAAAAGAAUCAAUCAAAUCGUUGCCUCUUUAAAUAUACAAAGCUAAAAAAUAAUAAUAUAAUAAUAAUAAUAAUAACGCUAUUUUUAUAGUGCAAAUAGGGGUUUCAUUGAUCAGAAAUAGACCUCUUUAAAUAUACAGUAGUUCUACCUAAUAUUAAUUAUGCAUUGUCUGUAUAUGGUGCGUCCGAGUCAGAUCUUACACCUGUAUAAUGUUUCUUGGACCACUGUUUUAAAGGUAAUUAUACAUCUAAGUCUGUAAGUGUAUGAUUUCUUAGAGAGACAAGACCGUAAAAUUUUCAGAAAAGUUUCUAACACUAGUCUACACUUUUAUCUAUAAUGCCUCGUGUCAAACGGUACAGCUACAAUCUUAGAAAAGAAAUUUGUUUUAAUCCUAAGAUUAACACUGUGCGUUUUAAGAACUCUUUUAUUAAUCGUUUAGUUUUUAAAUAUGAAUUAGCUAUGUAAUAUACUAGAUUUUUAAUUCUUACUUUUUACCUUUGUACUCUUUUUGCUAGAUGUUAAAUUUCUUACACUUACUUACAAAAGAUAAUUAUGUAUUUUUAUCUUUUGUUGAAUAAAGACUUUAUUAUUAUUAUUUUAUUAUUCACGUCGUCCAGAAAACGUGAUCGUGCAAAGAUGGCAAGGAAAUGUAGAAGAAAGCCUAACGUAAAGUUGUUGUUUUACUAAUCUGCCGUGCUCGUUGUAGCCUGUUCCAGGCUCUCAGAUAGUGGGGAAGACGCAAAAGAAAAAGGCACGCGAACAGUUGGCGGGGCGAAAAAGAGGAAAAGGAUGGGAGAGAGACACCGCCCUCGCUCUCCCCAUGCCAGUUUCCUCCCGUUUUAUUUUCGUGUUUGCACUUUCUCAAUUCAGCGGACCCGACUAUCUCGAAACCUGGAACAGGCUAUGCUCGUUGCCGACAUCGUCAUUGUUGCUUAAGCUCCCCAAUAUCUUAAGUUUACUGGACUAUAUUUAGAAUGAUUGGUUGAACAAGAAAAAGUUACAGCUUCGUCAUUCAUUUGUUUGGCACGGCCAGUUACUUUUACUCCCCUCCCCACUGCUCUCUGCUACCUCCCUGUCCACACGGGUGAUUUGCACCUUUGCCAUGUUUUACUCACCAUAUGAAAUCAAAAUAAUUGCAGCCUUUCAAAUUAAUUCAAGUCAUCAAUGUUGAGGAUUAGAAUGAUUAAAGAAUUACAGAAAUGGGAUUUUAUUGUUCAAAAAGCUCCCAUCUUGAUUCAUCGUCAACUUUCUCUGAUUUACUAGUGACUCCAAAGAAGGGAAAGUGACCGAAAAUGGUUGGCCUGUUGAUGAUACUACUUACAGUCCAGGUAAGCAUUGAAUACUUUUUAUUAACAGGUAAAUCACCAUUUCAUUUAAAGCUGACAUGCUGCCUCUUCCCCCCUUAAUCCAAUAUGAUCUUCAUGUUUUUUUGUGUUGUUUUUUUUAGCAUUCAUUCCUCCACUUCUGAUCUGUCAACUGCAGGAUUGCAUGCUUUGGUGAUAAAUUUUUUAUGAAUCACAAGUUUUUUUACAAUUCCAAAUUCUCGCAUUUUUUAUAAUGGCUUUCAAAUCAAGUGUGUUUAUUCUGUGUAACUGGUUGUCAUUCUCAAUUACUACAUUUUUCAUUCGCUAUAAAUGGUUUUCAUCAUAAAUUGCCGGUUUCAAAUAUUCUUAGUGUAUAACUAGUUUCUUUUGGAUUUCAAAACUGGAUUUGGUUUAUGACUUGACGUUUUUCAUUCUUCAUCACUUGUUUCUCAUUCUCUCUAACUAGUUUCUCAUUCUGUGUUUUUAACGGGUUCUUAUUCUCUCUAACUGGUUUUGUCGUUCUGUAUUACUGAUUUCUCAUUCUACAUAACUGGUUUGUUUUCAGCCUAUAGUGUGUCUAAACUGGGAGUUACGGCACUAUCCGCCAUGCAGGCUCGGGCCUUCAAACAAGAUCCGAGAGAAGGAAUCUUAGUAAAUGCUGUGAGUAUUUUCUGUCAAAAACCAAUGAUCAUUAAUUCUUAAGCAGAUAGCGCUUAUGUGUUUUUCUAGGUAGCAGUAUAAGUGAAGAUUCUGGGAAACUGUGUACCGGCGCUUAUACAUUUAAGCCAACCGGGCGGCGUUUCCAAAAAUUCUAAAAUAAAAAUGUACAAUUUGUUAUUUAGGUGUGUCCUGGAUGGGUACGGACUGAUAUGGGUGGACCACGUGCUCAACGUUCUCCAGAUGAAGGUUAGUUUUUUAAUCGUACAAAAAGGACGACACCAUUCUGUAAUAUUAUCUAUGAUCACUUCGGAGUCGUUCUGAUUUAUUCUUAGCCCGCGUAUGCCGCUCACUCGCGCGUUCUCGCGAGAAUCGCUUCACUCGCCCAAAUAGGAGAGCUUGCUGCAGGCUAAUUUAUUGUUGAAGUAUGUCACCGACUGCGACGUAAGUCUAAUGACAGACCUUUACAAAGUCCUUUGUAUUAGCCUGAGAAAAAGCCACCAUUUCGCGACGCAAAGGCAAAGACAUUGCCUGCAUUUCUCAGUUAUCGUAAGACCCAGAGUAUUGGUGCGGCCCCAGGAAUCAAACCUGCGACCUCGCGCUCCGCAAACAAACGCACUGACGACCGAGCUAAUCUUGCCGCAGUCAAAUGAAAAUGACGUGUCUUUGUUUCAUGUCAGGUGCCGAUAGUCCGGUGUACUGUGCUCUUCUUCCAAAAGGAACGACAAGUCCCGAUGGUAAUCUGGUCUACAGCAGAGAAAUAGUGCAGUGGAUAUCAGGCAAAUAGACAUAAAACACAUUAGUAAAUUAAAUGUGCCAGCCGCUUAGAACUCCUGUGAAGUAAAACUUGUGUAAGCUGUGGUAGUUGUUGGCGCUGAGAAGUGAGAAACUCUACAAAUCCUACACUUUUUACUUUCUUACUUUUUCCCACUCACAAUACUACACAAUUGACAAAAAAUAACACCUUGGUGAGAAAUUAUUCAAUCAGGCCGACAAGUUUUCACAUGAUUGAAAAUCUGAUGAAAAUGGACUAAGUCCGCUACAUUUAGUCUUUUGGUGACCUCUAAAAAUUGGAUCGGUUUCGUUAAAGUCACUAUCCUGUUUAGUGCGCCACAUGUUAGGUCCAACGGGGUUACAGCCUCAUCGCCAAACCUUUUGGGGGGUUAAAAUUAUUAAGUCGAAGAAUGAACGUUGCAGCAGUGCUCUUCUUUGCAAGAUUGGGAUCAUCCGCAGUCAAAAAAAAAUCGCUGAAAUGAAAUCUUGGUAGUUUCUUUGUGUUGACGAUAUCGGGAUCAACAAAUGAUUAUAUAUAAAAGGGGUGAGUAGGGUAUUAACUCAACAUUUUUAAAAGCUCUUUUUAAAGUCCUUGAACCAUAAAUUACUACGUUGUAAACUCUUCAUUGCUUAGCUCUUUAAUUACACUGAGUAAAUAUUAGAAGAGAUAUUUCUAUUAGAGAUAUUUUAUUUUGAUUAUUUCGUUGGUUUUAUUGUAAUGUGUGGAAUUUUUAGUUUCAAACUAAUUUAAACCAGUGAAAAAUUUACCAAAUUGGGCAGCCAUUUCCUGCUUCACUUAGUGAAUGUGGGUCAUUAAAGUGCAAGUGAUCUUCUGUUCUUGAUCUUCAGAGAGUAAAUUUAUAAGAUAGACCAUUAACCACUGACCAUUUUGACCGCCGCCUGGUUAGCUCAGUUGGGAGAGCGCCGGUUUGCUUAGCGGGAGGUCGCGGGUUCAAACCCCGGCCGGACCAACACUCAGGGUCUUUAAAUAACUGAAGAGAAAGUGCUGCCUUUGCAAUGACAUCGGCAAAUGGUUAGACUUUCUAGUCAUCUCGGUUAAAGGCGAAAAAACCGUAGGUCCCGUCUCAGAGCACUUUCCCUUAACUGAUUUUUGUGAGAUGUAAAAGAACCCAACCACUGUUCGAAAGGAGUAGAGGAAGUAAGCCCCGGCGGUGUGGCUAACCUUUUCUGGGCUGGGUGGGUUGUCAGUUAGGAGAGAUCUUAAUAUAGGGGUAACCUCAUGAUCUUCCUUCAAGUAACGUAGUGCCGGGCUACCUGUAAACAGUAGGGCCAUUUAUACGAGGAAAAAUAAGACGCGUCUUACAUGAGACGCGUCUUGAAUAAGACGCGAACUGUACCAUUUAUACGAGCAUGUCUUAUCUAAUAAGACGCGUGUUAGCUAAGCCGCGUCUUAUUUUAGACGAAAUGUGCCGUUUAUACGGAAAGUUCGCGUCUUACCUAAGACGCGUCUUAUUUUUCCUCGUAUAAAUGGCCCUAGUGUAUGUAGGUAAAAACUCCCCAUUUCUCUAUUCAAAUACUGUAUAUAUGAAUAUCAUGCAUUCACUUCAACGUAGUCACCCUUUACAGAUAUGUUUUAAUUCUACCGAGAGAAAAUAAUCUACACAAUGAUUAACUCCUAGUUGGCUUAAUUCAGUCCCUAGUUGGUUAGAACGCUGCAUCUUUAUCGGAAGGUCAUGGGUUCGAUUUAGAUUGGUUUAGAUUUUAUUUGCCUUUUCGUUUGCGUAUGGUGUUAUAUGAUAAUAAGUUUGAAUCAAAGGAAAGUAAAAUUUGAACCAAGGAUAAAAUUUAACCACAACAUAGUUAUCCUCGCCAUGGUCUUUCUUCCAUUAAAAUCCUUAUCUCACCUUUCCAGUUCAAAUAUGAAUUUCGUAUAUCCUCUUUCAUUUAGUAAUUUUAAACUAAACCUACAAGCGUGCAGACGUCAACUGUUAAUUGCAAUGCAUAUUUUUAAUGAUCACUCUCAAAUUAAAUUGGCCGUCUUGUUUUCCCCAGCUUGCUCCACACCUUCCGCCACUUGUGCAUUCAAAAAAACACAUCGAAUUUCCCAACCUCGGAUCGGGAGAAAACAGGGCGACGAAGGUUUUCAAGCAUGGGUGGAAGAGCCUACUCGACUCCUUGGCCUGCUACUCUCUGAUUGAGCAGAAAAACACAGGCGCACCCAACGACAAUUUUCGGAAAAAUAUCUGCUCGGAAGACGAUCUGAGAUCUAGAAUUUUCGGAACAUUUGUUGUAAAAUUUCUUGCUUGCCUGCUUCUCCUAGGAUUUUCGAACAUCUAAAAUAUGGUAAAAUUGCCUAUUUUUAACGGAUUUUUACCCUAAAAAGGUCACCUAGAAUUUUCGGGAGCCUUUUUUCUGGCUGAAAUUUUCGAAAAGGUAAGUUUUGAUCCCUAUAAUUUUCGGAUCACUAGACUUUCAGCUAGGAAAUCCGAACAGAUGAAAAAUUUUUAGGGGACAAAAAUAUGCCUAUAUCUACCGUUUAAAUACCAAAAUACGUUUAACAAUGCUAUGUUUUAGCGGUUUUGAACUUAAUUCUCGUUGGGUGCCCCUGAAAACACAGAAGUUUUCCGGCACCAAUCAGAAGCCAUAACGGCUGCGACCGUGUGGAACUGGUCGGUAAAAAAUUGUCCUCGGGACCUCUUCCGCCCGUGCAUGAAAACGUUUGUUGCGCGGUUUGUCCCGAACCGACUGACUGCCCCUUGGUCUCCCAGGAUGAGCAGGGAAUGUUAUAGUGUUCACCAAUCUGGGUUCUUUAGUCACGAGAACGCGGGAAACGGGAGAAUUGUAUUCGAUGGCGUGGGGCCAGGGAAAUUUUACAUUUUCUAUAGAUCAUAUUGGUUUGAAAAUGUCGGGCGUGAGCAGAAGCGAUUCAUGUCUCUCGAACACUGAUAAGGUUAACCUCAAAACAUGUUUUAAAUUUUCAUCACUCAAAAUAUAUAUAUCAAUGUUACAUUGGAACACCGCCAUAUACGACACCCCUUUUCUGGCGAGAACUGAUUCUUCCUCCCGCUCUUGGAAACUUUCAUAGCGUGAGCAAAAUUUCCCCGCCCCGAAUGACUGCAGGCGGCUGGGUUAGGCCCACUGCGGAUAACUUGUGUUACAGGCGCGGUUUGAAAGGGAAGCGGGGGAGGGAAUGUCAAGCAAGCUACUUCGAGGAUGGCAGAAAUCAAUCCUCCAUCUCUUCCAGUUUGCUUUGAUUACAAGAACAGCCUUUCUCACAAACACAAUAACCUAGCGAACAAUUAAGUUCGAUAAAUUCUGGUGAAUGUUUUGCUAGUCUAGGACAUCGAAAUACCCUCCCCCCCCCCCCCAAAAAAAAAACUACCGGUACUGAUGAAAGUCAAAUUCAGUAAGACAUUUCUUUGUGUUCAUACAGCGACGUUUUCCUGCUCAUUAUGGAGGGUUGGGCUGAGGUACGUGAGCAACCUCGUUCCUCUUCCCCUCCAGGGACGGGAAGAGAGAAGACCCUUUAAACGACGCUAGGGCAUGCGAUGGAUGGGAGGUAACGUAGAGGCGACGAUUUCAUGAGGGACCUUACGAUCCGACAACGGCGACGUCAAUGAAAAGGUCACCGAAAAAUAGACUUAUCGUCCUUUCAAACUUUUUCGCCCUCAUGCCAAGUCACCCAGUUACUUGAAAGUAGGGAAAGUAAUUUGUAACUGAAGAGAGGGGACCGCGUCCGACUUCAGGGAGAGAUGGUAGCAUUUAUCGCCUUGACGGUGUCUUUCUCAAUUCGACUACUUGCGUAGGGAAGGCAAAGAAAUGUACAAAAAUGCGUAAUGCACGUGCAAAGUUGUUGUUUUGCCAAUGUAAACCUAUUGCAUUUUUCCGUUCUCGUUUCGUCCCUUAAGUUCCCUAUUGUCACAUUUACGCAGCCACCCGACCCGUUUUUUUUUUUUUUGGCACUUAGGCAACUGAUAAUCUUUGUGUCUUGAAGCUGCUGUUCUUGCCUUGUUGGAUUUUUCAGAUUUUUCUCUUAUAGAUCAAGAAUGCCAGAAUUGUUUGCAAAUAAUUCUCAGCUGACUUUUUGCGGUUGUUUUCGGGAAAAUAAUUUCAAUUCCUUUCAACACGGAUGUUACUAAAACAAGGAACCGGGACGAGCAACGAGCUCGGGGAACUGGGAAAUGAAUAAUGGGAACAAAGCAGAGAAUUGGAAACGAAGCUACUGAUAGGGCUGGGUUUCAAGUUAUGUUUUGUUCCUAUUUUUCAUCAUCCCUUUCGGUUCCCCGUUUUAGUAACAUCCGUCUCAACGCGCUUUCAACAAGCUUUUUUCUUUUCGUUUUCAAACUGCACUAGUUUCGGCUUCUUUACCAUCAGUCAUUCGGGUUCCUGCUCUCCGAGUCAGAUUACUACGGAGAAAGUCAUCUUAUCAACCGUUUAAGCUCACUUGUAUUCAUCAACAAACUUUACGGCUAAUACACAAAACUAAUGAACAGCUUUUAAUCGCUUGGUGUAAUCUUCAGAAUAAUAAGUUUUCACGAAAUAGAGGUUUUCUUCUGCCUUCGACUUUUAUAAAGAGGUAAACUUUUUUACCAAACGGUCAAAAACGUGGGUAAUGUUGAUAUAAGCCUGUCGAAAGCAAUCAAUGUAGUUUUUUUCGUAAUUUCAAAGCAAACGGAGGAGAAAUUUAAAAGAAAGGUAGAGCUCAAGCGAAACAAUGCCGCUUUGUCGCCAGGUUUUGGCUUAAUGGGGUGAGGCUUUUGUUCGUUCUUUUGGUUAUUUCUUUUUAUUUCGUGUGGCGCAAUCUAAAGAAAUUACAUUACCUCGUUUUAUCUAAUUAAAAUCACCUAAUUUUUCCCUUGGCGUUGAUUCCGGCUGAAAAAGAGCGAGCGAAAACAAAUUUCAAAGCGAUUGAGUGAUUUGCGUUUUGCCACUGAGUGCAUAAAUCUUUUUAAUGGGUUUUACCACUGUUUUAUUUGAUAAGCGUAGCUAAUUUCCUUCUAUUCGUUUUGUGUGAUCUUUCCGCCCGCAUGCCCGCACAGAUGUCAUAGAAUGGAUUAGUUUAACGGCCGAGAACAAAACCUGAGGAUUAUUGCCCAAACACUGUUCAAUUUUUAUGGUAAUGGUCUCCAUAACACUGGACCAUGAAUAGUUAAAGUUUUGUUUACUUGAUUUUUUUUGCCAGACACGCUCUUAGAGCACGAUCGUUAACUUAUUCGUUAGUUUUGCGAUUCUUAUGGACAAAUCUUCAAAUUCUCCCAUAGCUCGCUUGCCUGAAGUCGAAGGCCUCGAUGGAAGAUUUAACGACGUCAUAUUUUGUGGAUCAGAAGGCCAGCAGCACGUUGUAUUUUUCCCUGGAGAUGUACAGGUCAGUACGACCAUUUUUUCUUUCAGUCAUUUAUAUCAACAUAGAAAAAUCAGCAAAGAGACUUUAACAGAAUAUUCUCUUCUAGAAUGAGUAUAAUGUGUGAAUGGUCUUACGUUAUGGUUUAUUGACAACUUUUUGCGUUAGUACGCUAAAUUGUUUGACGGAGCAUUUCACGGUGAUGUGAACAUAUAAGAACAGAUAAGUGUUAUUUGUCUGCCCUUAUCUCAUAGUCGCUUCAUUUGUCGAUUCCAUAUAUUGCAGUUGAAAUCUAAUUUCAGAGCUGUAUGGAUUUAUCGAGCGUUGUGGCUUGAAAAGAACGUCUCAUCUUUAGGAAGUACAAGAUUGUUAAUUAGUGUACUCACUAAACGUUUUGUUUGUGAAGGUAUUGAAGUUAACAGCUUUUAAAUGAAAGAUAGCGUGGUCUAAUUGUUAAUUCAUCUAGUAUUUGCAACAGACAGCGUGGCUUAACGAAUGCGUUAAUGUUUUAUCGAAAAGAAAACUAAUUCUGUGUAAAUCGAAGUAUUUUUUAUUCAGUUUUAAUAGUAACGAGACUGAACCGUAGAAGCGCAUCCUUUUCAUAAAUUAAUUUCGUCCUUUGCAUGUGUACAGUAUUGCGUUUUCCGAGGAGUUUGAAUUUGAAUAAUGUUACUUUGUAAAUGUCCGCGUAAACAAAGCACUUCGUUGUUGGAUAUAUUGAGCUUAUAUACUUAACUGUACUUUUUGCUCUUUUAUCGCUUACAGCAAUAUUUCCUAUUUCGAGAAAUUGGUUUCUUUUUUGUAAGGCGUCAAGCUAAUCAUGAUUAUUAAACGAAUUCCAUUUAAUGGGCCAAAAUUGACAAAAGACCUCUUAAAAAAGCCACGGUCUUCGUGGAAUCAAAUUAAGUCGCCUCUAGAAAUUACAGAGGCGGAAAAGAACUGUCUGUGUUUUUGUUAUUUCAGGUUUUAGCUAGCCUUUUGAAAAAAAUACAUCGUAUUAAUAAGAACAGGACACGCGUAACAAUUUUGUACGAUGACAAAGCGCCAUAGGAGUUCUGACGCCGUUUUUCAAGAGUCUUUCAACCUUUUCCCAACAUUCGUUUAUUCCAAAGUUCAACGGGUGUUGGAACGUUGAUGAAUGGAAGCUUAAACCAAUUUAUCAACGUGUUCACGUUUUUUUCAACAAGCCUUCCAACUCGUUCAACAAUGUUUGCGAUCUGCGCAAACGGUCUCGGUAAUAUUUGGUUCAAGAAGUGUUUGUCAAUGAUUUACGCUUUGUGCGCAUAGCUCUUCGUGUCGACACGAAAAUCUAAAAUCUAUCCGGCAUAGAAUGAACACCUAUCCGAUAUGUGACUCUUCACUUUCGAGAUCAGCGCAGGCGUAGCUUUGCUCCGUUAAAGAAAUCGCGCCGAAAACAGCGUUCUUUAUGUGUGAACAGACACCCGACCCGGUAUGGUUUUCGUGUCGGCUCAAAAGCUAUCUGUUAUACGCAUAUGUUGAAAGUAUUAACGGUGAAUUUUGGGUUUGAUAUGAAUAAGACAGCUUAAGGGCAUUUUUAAACGUUUUUUAUUGGAAUAUAUAUUAUUUAGAAUUAAUGAGGAAAGUUGAAAAGUAUAAUCCAUUUCCUUAAAAGUCCUGAUAGUUGAUCGGGGCUAGUAAGCAAUUUAUGGUUUCUUUUGAACAGUUCAGGCUCGUUUACGCAAGCGACGUUAGGUAUGAUUUCAAAUUUUGCAUAAAACUACUGCUAGCGGCGAAACAUAGGUCAGGCUAUAUGUCGCAGCGAAAGCCUCGGUGGUUGCUCCAAACCUUCUAGAAUUUUGAGGCCAUUUGUCAACAGUUUUUUGCGCGAAGGUUACCAGAAACCUACCCAUGGCGGAUUUGUUGACGCUGUACCCCUUGGACCAGCACGAAAAUCAUACCGCAAAGGGCUUCUGUUCAUACGCCAAAGAACGGUGAUUUCGGCGCGAUACGAAGCUGCACCGCGCGGAUUUCGAGAGUGGAGCGUGACAUAUCGGAUAGGUUCUGUGCCACGUUUUGCUGCAGUGUGAUAGAUAUUCGGGCCGUAGCGGAAGUGAAUAAGUAGGAGCGACAAGAGACGGAAGUAAAUAUUUAGGAGUGAGGACUGGAAUUUAGUGCACCAGUCCGAGUCAUUGCUUUUCAUAAUAUUCCCGAUAGUGUGAUCAUAGCCUAAGUGAGUACAGCAGAUGAAGCCCUCGGUACAUAAAGAAAAAUUUUCACGAAAAGUCGCCGUUGUCAAGGAAGCUCCUUGGUUAAGGGUAACCCUUUGCCCAUCGGCCUUUUAGCGUUGAGCAUUGCCUAGUGAACUUUAAAUCUUUCACACGAAUUUCACUUUAGCUACUGACAGGCUAUGUUCUUACUACAACUUUUCAGGAUUACAUUGAAAACAUGGAGAGGCACUCGGACAACAAGAAAUGGAAGCAGUGGAACUUAGAAUCCACGGCCAAAAUUCUAGAAAAGCGAUUCCCAAACAGCUUCGUAUGGGUUGUCCGGCCAUCAAGAUACCACCUCAAUACCUUUGCCUUUUAUCAAAACUUUGUGGAAACGAAUAUGUUUGGUGUUCCUGAUCACAGAAACCCUGAAUAUGGUGCUUUGAAGCAUUUGAGAGCACUUCUCGAGGCUGCUGUUAGAAAGAGUAAGUGUGAUCACAGGGAACUCAGGCUCACCAUAGCCUCCUCAAAGCCAAAUUAUAAGAAUUGGUAUGGGAAUUUAUGGUUUCUUUUUAGUAGGUGCGGAGAAACCAAAACAUCAAAACUUGCUAUAAUGACGUUAUUAGGGCAGGAAACAGUAACAAAACAGCAGAGAGAAAUCUUUUUCUGUGGUAUGUACUUUUUAAUGGCGUGCAUUUUAAUUGUUUUAUGGAUCUUACGAAAAAUUCCAUACAACUCUUUAUUAGAGACCCUAAGAUCCGACGACGGCAACGGGAACGCCACAAAAGCAAUAGGUUUAAUUAGCAAAACAACAAUUUUGCACGUGCAUCACGCUUUUUUUUACAUUUCUUUGCCGUCACUGCACGACUACGACGUAAAAAUGCCUAAUUUUACGAUGUGUAGAGGAAGUACACAGGCGACGACGAGAUUUCCUCUCUCUUUCUGAACUUGGAUAUGGUUCUUAGGAAUUCAGAUUUACGAGGGUUCACCUACAUUUGACAAAGUUAGUGACAUGGAGUAAUCGCGAUGAAGAUUGAAAGAACGCGAAUUCACUUUUUCAGCGACGUUUUCACUGCCGUCGCCGUUCUCGGAUCUUAAGGUCCCUAUUAUUUGGCUUCGGGGAGGCUGUUGUGAGCGUGGGCUCCCUGUGGUGUGAUGGUGAUGCAUUUGACUUUCUCGGGCUUGUCCCAAGGCGUUUAGUGCUUGUCUAAUUCAGUUUAUGGAAAUAUUUUACAGCUUUGGACAUUCCAGAAGAAGAUGAAGACCCGACAUUUGAUUUCCCUGUGGUCCUGGUAGGGUUCAGUAAAGGUUGCCUGGUCUUGAAUCAAAUCAUUUACGAGUUAUCUAUGGUUUCAGCGUCUGACGACUCGCGGCUCAAUGACUUUGUCUCACGAAUCACUACCAUGUAUUGGUUGGACGGAGGCCAUAGUGGCGAGUCCAACACGUGGAUAACAGACAAAAAAUAUCUUGAUCACUUAGCGUCGCACGAGUCAAGCAUUCGCGUGCACGUGACACCUUAUCAGAUUCAGGACUCUUCGCGGCCGUGGGUUGGCAAAGAGCAGAAAAAGUUUGUAGACAAUCUUCGCUCGCUUGGCAAGAAAGAUGUUAAGGUCAAAGUGCAUUUCCAGGACAGAGACCCCUCGCUGGCUUUUCACUUUAAGCUUCUUGAGCAUUUUAAGACCUCUUUUAAGGGAAAAGUGUGAUUAUAUGAACUGUAAAUGACCUAAAGCGUUGGUCUACACACGCCUGAGAGAAAAACACAGCACGAAUGUAUACAGAAAACGAAGCAAGUGGUCAAGAAUGUGGUUUUACUUUCUUCUUACGUCGCUUGGGAGGUCCGACGCCUUCUGAGGCUUACACAACGUAUCACUUCUUAUUGUUGGACAAAUGAAGAGCCCGUAAACUGAACAGACAAAGCAAACAACGACGUUUUUGCGGCUUCGCCGCUCAGUCGUACUCCCGACGAAACCGCCAUGCUACGCAGGCUAUGUAGGGCUUAACCAGAGCUAUUAACAAUACGAACUGACACUCAAAUGAAGCAACAAGGUUGCGAAGCAAAUACAUGUGGCGGGCGACAAGUUACGUAAAAAACUCGCGCUGGAAAACUGGUGAGAAAGGGUGUUGUUAUUACGCUUAUUAGCUCAUUAUGUGGUGCAAAAAUUGAAUGCAUUUUCACGGCUACUACAGCCGUAAUGCUCCCAUAAACACAUUUCGUGAGUCGAUUUCAGUCGAUUUAAACCUCGAGCUAUGAGCUUGUUGAUUUUGGUUGAACCCAUGAAUAGUACCAUGUUUAAUCCGCGCAUGAAGGACCUUGAUUGCGCAUACCUGCAAAAUUUAUACGGGUAACCACUGAUACCUUUAAAUUGCAGUUAGGAAAAUGGUGGACUAUUCAGUA